UACAUAUAUAUAUUUAGGUGCAAUACGGCAACCCGUUCAUUCUCUGUAACAAACAAGAUUAAUAUAAGUAAUUCCCGCGUUUUCCAAAAAGAAAAAGCCGAUGUACUGACACGGUGGAACCACGCUAAAGCUAAUAUAUAACCUUAUUGUCUCAGCGACAAGAAAAAUCCAACAAUUAUAGUAUAGUGCAGGAUGUUCCAAGCGUCAGGCCUAAUUCCUACUUAGAAAUUCUACAAGUAGACGAAAAACCGAAACUAAUGAGCCUACAAUCAUUAAUGUAGAGCAAAUAGUCCGAAAGUUACAGACUUGUACAGAUUUCAUGUUGAAACAGUUGCGACAAACCCAAUGAAUGUCACUUUUUUAAGCUGAAAUUUUCCCUGAGUAACUGGGGACAAAACUAAUUAAAUUUUCAGAAAGAACGCUUAAAACCUGACAUUGAAAAUGUCAAAUACAGGAGGAACACCUUCUCAUGAUUAUUAUAUUGAAGGUAAAUUUAUCAGGGUCAGAGAAAAUGGAAAAUAUUUUGUAAUUUGCAAAUUAUGCAAUACAAGGUUGUGCACUACUGCAGUAAAACGCCUGAAAACUCAUCGAGUAAAGUGUUCAACGAACAGCAAUGACAUUAAUGAAAAUGAUCUUGGGAAAAAAAGAAGUUAUAGCAGCAUCGAUGGUAAAAAUGAAGAUGAAUUAUUAGGCAAUAAGAAAUUAUUAGGCGAAUAUGAUGUUGUUGCGGGCAAAUGUAUAUUGAUCGCAGAAAGUGCUACAUCUGAUGUGCUACAUUCGAUAGACACCAAUCAGAUUUUGCCAGCAAAAGAUGUUCAACCUAAAUUCUCUGCAGUAGUGUCAAAGAAACCUAAGAAGAGUACAAAAAUUGAAAAUUUUCUAGACAAAGUUUUGAAAAAAGAUAAAUUGAAAAUUGAUGAAUCUUUAACCGAAUGGUUAUUAUCAAGUAACUUACCAUUCAAUACGGUAAACAAUCCGUUUUUUCAAAAUUUUACUAAAGUAUUGCGACCGGCCUAUAUUUUACCCUCUACUGAGGUACUGAAUUCUAUUUGGUUAAAUCGAGUUUACGAUAAAUGGAUUCUAACACAAUUAUCUAACAAAAAUACAGGAAUAUUAUUAAUAACUCGAAACCGCAAUUGCUUAAAUAAUAAGCCAAGUUUCAUUAGUAUAAUCUUUCAUAAACCGGUAAUACGAAUGCGAAGUAUACAUUUGUUGACAUAAUCGACGUGAAUGAAAC